AUGCGAAGAACUUUUGACAGGCAAAGUGCAAUAUUGAUAGGUGAUUGCACUUUGCCUGUCACAUACAUCUCGACAGAGGCAACAUUCGAUAUGAAAGUUUCCUCUGUCGAGAGAAACUUCCUCACACCUCAAGAGAUGCGAAGAACUUUUGACAGGCAAAGUGCAAUAUUGAUAGGUGAUUGCACUUUGCCUGUCACAUACAUCUCGACAGAGGCAACAUUCGAUAUGAAAGUUUCCUCUGUCGAGAAACUUCCUCACACCUCAAGAGAUGCGAAGAACUUUUGA